CUUGCCUGCCUGCUCCCCUGCCUGCUGUGCCUGCUGAUAGUCAUGCCUCGGGGGCAGAAGAGCAAGCGCCGUGCACGUGAGAAACGCCGCCAGGCACGCAUGGAGACCAAGGAUCUCGGGGAUGCUCAGGCUGCUGCCUCCCCCGCCCCUACUUCUGGGAGUGCGCCCCCGGGCCCCCCCACUGCUGAUGCAGGCCAGAAGCCUCAGGGAGCUGAAGCCACUAGCUCUCCUGUUGCAGGGGCUGCACGCCCAAGAUCUAAAGCACGUGGCAGGCGCCAAGUUAAGGAACAUAAAAAUUCUUCCCAGGCCUCAACCUCUGCUAAGACCACUCCUCCAGAUCUUCUGGCCAAGAAGGCAGGAGUGUUGAUGCACUUCAUGCUUGAGAAGUUUAAGAUGAAAGAGCCCAUUAGGAAGAUAGAUAUGCUAAAGCUUGUCCGCAAAAUGUUCAAGGCACAGUUCCCUGAAAUCCUCAAGAAAGCCACUGAUCGCAUAGAGCUGGUGUUUGGCCUUGAAUUGAAGGAAGUCAAGCCGAAUGGUUAUUCCUAUACCCUGGUCAGCAAGGAGGGCCUUGCCAAAGAUGGGGUGCUGGGCAGUACCUUGGAGGUGCCGAAGAAUGGGCUUCUGAUGCCUCUGCUGGGUGUGAUCUUCCUGAAUGGCAAUUGCGCCUCUGAGGCAGAGAUCUGGGAGUUCCUGAAUGUUCUGGGCAUCUAUGAUGGAAAGACGCACAUAAUCUUUGGGGAGCCCAGGAAGUUCAUCACUGAAGAGUUGGUGCAGGAGAAGUACCUGGUGUAUCGUCAGAUUCCUGACAGCAAUCCCCUGAGCUAUGAGUUUGUGUGGGGCCCAAGAGCCCAUGCUGAAACCAGCAAGAUGGAGGUGCUGGAGUUUGUGGCCAAGAUCAAUAGUACCGACCCCAGUGCUUUCCCAUUCCAUUAUGAGGAGGCUUUGAGAGAUGAAGAAGAGAGAGUCAAAGCCAGAUCUGCAGGCAAGGCUCAUGCUGCUGCCAAGGCCACUGCCCACCCCAGGGUCCCACCCAGCGAUUCAUCCAGCCCCCAAUGA